ACCCGGACCACCCAACCCGCCCUCAAUGUCCUCCUGCGAACAAGCCCAGAUGCAGCAUCGGCCAUCACCAUGGUUGUCACCCAGAUUUCUUCCAAUGAUCCCAAUAUUUCUUGCUACGCCCUUGCUCAGAUUGAUGCCCUCAUCCAAAGUGACAAAUGGCCGUUGUUGGUGGGCCACACCAACCAAAUCAUUAUGCUGAUAACCAUCCAGCUGCGGCAGAUCAACACCCGUUUCUUCGAUGACCCCUCCAUCUCUGCCAACCACCUCGUCUGCUUGCUUCGCAGUCUCCUUGUGGUGGUGCAGUCUCUAUUCAAACGACCGCCUCUGGCCAGAGAAUGCUCGCGUGAGUCCUUGAAGGAAUUCAUUUACGCCGUCCUCCAUGUCAUGGUUCACGAGAAGACGGCUGAACUUCCCGAGGGUGGUUCCAUCAUUCGGGUGAUUAAUGCUCUCACGCUGAGCAUAAUUGACGAGUCCAACAGUACUCGUGUGCUGAGUGCCUUCAUUCGUCUUUUGCACGAGAGUGUCAGCAGUGGCCAUUUUAGCAACCGCUUCACCCAGGCUUUUCCUUCGCCCUCCUGGAAGAUGCGCAAGUCCGACGUGCCUCUGCGCACCAUAAAGACCAUGCUGCAUACCUUCUGUGUCGUGCGCGGGCCCGGCAUCCUGAAGUACGUGGAUUCCAUCCCCAACAAGGAAGACUCGGAGCUGGAGUCCUAUCUGAUUCGGACCCUGAAGUCGCUGUCGAACAGUGGCACGCGGCUUCCACCUGCGCUCCAGCCCACCCUCAAGAACGCUUCCUCUCCGAUCAAGGCAAGUCCGGACAUAUUAUCAAUUUAUUUACUUGGUUCCCCUCAGUGUGAUACUACUGCGGUCCUUUCUCCGGAGAAUCACCAAAAAGUUGCAAGUCUCGUUCAGAGGAUCGCUUCCACAAAAGACGACACCACUGGUGUAAGCAUUUCUGUCCACCUCAUUCAUUGA